GUCCCUGCAGGAAGCUGGAGGGCAAGAGUCGUCUGUCCGGGGUGCUGUAGAUAUUUGGUUAAUAAAUAUAUGAAUAGAAGUCUAGGGCGGUAGGAUCAGUUGAGUUUCCCGAUGCUGCAGAGUUGUCCAGGAAAAAUUCUCAUUCAGUUUGGAGGUCUUCAGGUGCACUGUUUUUUUUAGCUCGAUCUUGUUUAUGGCUGCUUGGAAAAUAGUUAAUUCAGUGCUCCCAGAUCAGGAUAGGAUUGCAGCUGAGCAGCACGAGAAGCUGAAGAGACGGAGGAGGGAUCCGGAUUGUAAUAUGUUUGUUUAAGCCCCUUAUAUUCCUUUUUAAAGAUAUUCUUCAACCUGGUUAAUAGAAUGUUUCAUAGCCUGCAACCAAUGCAAAACACAGCAUUCUUUCUAUAGGCUUUUGCAAAUAUGCUUUCAUUUAAAACACGAAUUACAUCAGGCAAGUGUGUGUGUGUGGCGGGGGGGCGGUGUCUCUGGUCCUUGUGAUUUUAAAUCCUUUAGAUAAACUAAAUUAAUUCAACACUGAAUGCUGCAACAUCUCUUACAGUGCUGACAAUCUGGGGCUUUUAACCAAAAAGAUGCUUUUUGGCAUCUUGAAAGUGUUUAUUUUAAAAAUGCUGAUUUUCCGACAUUCCAUCAAUUUAGCUAGGUUUUCCGCCUAUAAACUGUUCCAGAUUUCCUGACACUAUUGGACUACAUUUCCCAGCAUUACCGGUGAACCUGGGACGUAGCUCCCAUGUGAUUUUUCAUUCGGAAGAAGUUUUAUUGGACCAAUGAUCCCAUUCCUUUCCCUUCUCCACCCCUUUGGGCUUGGCAGCAAUUGUAAGAUGUUACUGGAGAAGAAAGGGUAAAACCUGCACAGGCAAGACAAAGGAACUAGGAUACUGUUUUUGUUCAUUUUCCCCACUUUCCUUUCUCACAAAUUAUCCGGAGCAAAACCAGACAUUCACUUCUAGAUUUUUAAAGAGGUUGGAAUGAUUGGAUAGGAAUUUUUUAAAGAACGAUUGGAAUGACUGGAGCGUGCAUUUAAGAAAGCAUCAGGAAAUGAUGUGUGACUGACCAAAUACUUUGACUGCGCUUGAAGGAACCGCACUGUACAUACGUCUGCUCAAUUUUCCCUAACGGGGCAAUACUUUCGGCUCCCCCCUCCUCUGCCUGGCAUUUGGUUUGAUUUGCUUUUUUAAAGGAAAUCCUGUAAAUGUUUAGCAUCUGGUGGACUUGCUUUUUGCCUCUGGGGACAAUUGUUCUAGUAUGUGAAUCACUUGAUGGAACCCAACUAAGUCCUGAAAGAAGUUUACUAUGGGGACCUGGACUGAGUGCAGAAGUUGUUCUUCCUGCUCGGUAUUUUUAUAUCCAGGCUGUGGACACUGAAGGGAAGAGAUUUACCACCUCCCCUGGAGAAAAAGCAUUUCAGGUGAAGAUCACGGCACCUGAGGAGCAAUUUACACGAGUGGGAGUGCAAAUAUUGGACAGGAAAGAUGGUUCCUUCAUCGUGCGAUACAGAAUGUAUGCAAGCUACAAGAACCUGAGGAUUGAGGUUUGGGCAAAAAACAAAUAUGUUGCCAAAUCUCCAUAUAAUUUAAAAGGACCUGUUUAUCAUGAAAACUGUGGCUGCCCUGAGGAAGAUGGGAGUGCUUGGCUGGAAAAGAUGAACUGUCCUCAAGCUAUUCUGCAGAUUCAGAAAGAUCUGGCGCAUUUUCCCACCAUUGAUCCAGAUAAAAUUGCCAAAGAAAUUCCACAACGGUUUGGGCAGAGGCAAAGUUUGUGCCAUUACACCGUAAAAGACAACAAGAUUUAUAUAAAGACUCAUGGUGAACAUGUCGGCUUCAGAAUUUUCAUGGAUGCUAUUCUACUUUCUUUGACUAGAAAAGUGAAAAUGCCAGAUGUAGAGUUUUUUGUGAAUUUGGGAGAUUGGCCAUUGGAAAAGAGGAAGUCUUCCCAGGAUGUCCAUCCCAUAUUCUCCUGGUGUGGAUCCAACGAUUCAAAAGAUAUUGUAAUGCCGACUUACGACCUGACAGAUUCUGUGUUAGAAACAAUGGGGCGAGUCAGCCUGGACAUGAUGUCUGUUCAAGCAAAUACUGGGCCACCAUGGGAAGAGAAAAACACUACAGCAAUCUGGAGGGGUCGUGACAGCCGAAAAGAGAGGCUUGAACUUGUGAAAAUGAGCCGAAAGUUCCCAGAAAUCAUUGAUGCAGCCUUUACAAACUUCUUCUUUUUCAAGCAUGAUGAAAGUCUCUAUGGCCCAAUUGUGAAGCAUAUUUCCUUUUUUGAUUUCUUCAAGUAUAAAUACCAAAUUAAUAUUGAUGGCACAGUGGCUGCAUACAGGCUGCCGUACUUGCUAGCAGGAAACAGCUUAGUGCUGAAGCAGGAUUCCAUCUACUAUGAACAUUUCUACAAUGAGCUACAACCUUGGACGCACUACGUUCCGUUUAAGAAUGACCUGAGUGAUCUCAUGGAAAAACUCCAGUGGGCAAAAGAUCAUGACGAAGAGGCAAAGAAUAUUGCAAAAGCAGGACAAGAAUUUGCAAGGAAUAACCUUAUGGGAGAUCAUAUAUUCUGUUAUUAUUUCAAACUAUUUCAGGAAUAUGCCAAGCUACAAGUGAGUGAUCCCAAAGUUAGGGAUGGCAUGGAAAAAGUGGUGCAGCCUGAGGAUGACCUCUUUCCCUGUAAUUGCCACCGAAAAAAGGUCAAAGAGGAACUCUGAUGAAAUAGAAGAAAACCUGUGGCUGGAAAAUUUUGCCUAUCAUCUUCUGAGGAUAAUAAAGGUUAUUCUAACAGUGUAAUGGAUGCCCUCUCUUGUGCAGUAUUAACAUGUUGCUUUUAUAAGUUCUUUUUUUUAAAAAAAAAUAAAUGUUCUUU